AAGGAGGACACUGUCUUCAACGAAAGCUUCGAUAUGUGUCAAAUGGGAAUAUGAGAAAUACCUUUUUUUUCAAGAAAUGCGAGUACUUUGACGGAAUCCGUGAGCAAUUGUCACUGUGAUCUGAUGUCUCGUCCGCCUGAGGGCUUUAGCUGCGCACUGCUCAUUCAGAGAGUUGUUGGUGAAGGAAAGAGAGGAGGGAUCAACCCUAGAUUGGGAGAAAAGGGUCGCCGGGCUCUGGUCAAAGAUUAAGGUUCCAUAGUGCUAGCAGUUGCGAAAAGACCUGAAAGCCGUCUACAAGAGAUUUUCAAACCUUGCUUAAUCGUUGUUACCUGGCUGACAUGUAUCUCUGCAAGUCUUCACGACACAGGGGUCAGGAACUAUGUUCGAAUUUACUUGUUCAGGUCAUCAAGGUCCUGGAGACGUCCAAAGACACGAAAGUGAAAUUCGAGGCCACUCUUGCUAUCCAAACUUUGGUGUCCAAUCCAGAAGGAGCAAAGGAAACGGCACACUUUGGAAGCCAUUUAAAAAGUAUACUCCAGCAGAUCAAGAAGUCCGCAUGGGCAGCACAAGAUAAACUGGGAACUAUUUUCCCAGUAUAGUUUUCCACUAUCCUUCCACGAUAUCUGCAGGAUGUCGAUCUGUCUUCUCCCUUGUGCGGCUCGGUCGUCAUUACCUCUUCCUGGUGAAAUCUACUCUCUGAAGAAAAUUGAUGUAAUUCGGGUGAUCUGUGGACUUUGAGUCUUUUUUUUUUACAUCCUAGGAUUGAUGUCAGUUCGUUCGUCCUAGAAACUCUAGAAAAUGAUCCUGGUAGAACAGAGGAGAGAUUUGUGCAAUUGCAGCAAUUGGAAUAAAAGUUGAGGAUCAUUCCUCGUAGAGUUCACACCACCGUCAGUAACUCUUCUUGUGUUACCUUGUUUGGAAAACGUAAACCACGUCCAGGGUGCCACGAGCAGGAUGCAAACCGAGAAGUACGAGUUUUUGCUCAAUGCAAGAACAAGCUUUUCUCUAGACAUUCCUAAGGCACUGUGAAAGUUGGAAAGUGUUCGUCGUCUCCGAUUUCUAUUUUUUCUGCAGCAAAACUUUGGAACCUGAAGGAGCUGCUGUGACUGUAUUGCAUACUGACAUGUCUGCAUGUCCAUUGCCCAGAACAUUGAAUUUUUUUAAAAUGGAAGGCUCCACCCUGUUAUGGGCAUUAACAAUAUUCUUAUUGCCCACGUUAAUCAUAGGCCUAGAGUGCACAGAAGACAUUUCCACUUUUGAUUGAGGAGGCCUGGGAGCACACGAGAUCAGUCACAUGUUUGGCCACUUCGUCAUUAAUGGACAGGCUGUGUAGUGGAUCUAUGGACAAAACUAUAAGAUUUGGUGACAACCUGAACAUUUGAGUGAACACAACCUCGCUAGAAUAUCGUCACACAAGACGAAUUAGUGACGAGCCUCGGUGUAGCGCACAUCCUUUUAUCAUGGAUAUAAAUAGCGGAAGUCUGCCCUCUCCGUUCUGUAGAUUGAAGACGAAGAGCUUGAGCUGUUUCGUCGUUGCCGGAAUGGACACUCUUCACCGACUCAGUCGGUGUGAAUCACGACGGAUGCCACAUGAUUUCUAUGAAGCUCGCUUGCACG